UGCUCAAUAAUGACGGAAAUAUAAAAUUACCUUCAUAUUUGUAUAACAGUACUUUACAUCCAUACAUCCAUAUAUUUGAAUAUAUAUACAAUACAGGCAUAAUUUAUUAACUCAAUGUCAACAAUUCGUCGUACACGUUGUUAGUUUACUUUUUAUCCUUUGGCAACGUUGACCGAAUCGUAACAAAAAUAAACUAUUCAUUUGGAGGGUACUAACUAAAAGUUUAUACACUAGUAUUGUGCGAACUGUUACGCGUGUUUCAUACAUUACUAUUUCAAUUUUUAAAGUAAAACUUAUUAUAAUUAACGUGUGAGUUUAAUUGACUUUAAAAGAAUUUUUUGAGUGUUUAAGUUUUUUAAAUUUAAUUCAAUUUUUUUUUUUAAAUAAUAAUUAACACAAGGUCACUAAAAAAAUACAACUGUCUGCGCUGACAUUAUCCAACACUUGAAACACAGUAAUAAUAAAUGAAGAAAUUCAAGCUACGGGAAGUGCGAUAAUAAUGGAUUUUGUCGAUCGACCGGUUUUUAUUCGAUAUAUUAAACACGGCCGGUUUAUCCUGAGUUCUGAUUGGCAGAAACUCAGCCAUGUCAGGUAAAGAGUCUCCACGAAGAAAGUCAUUCUCACAAGAAUCCCGUUCCCGUCAGCAAUGCAAGUCGACUCCAAAUCUUACUAUUAAAAUAAAAACAUCAUCGACGUCAUCUUCAUUGUCAAUAGGAAAUUGUAAUUUGGCAAUGAUGCCGCCUAAUGAAGAUAUUUGUGAUAAUAAUAAUGAUGUACUACGACGAGGUAAUAGUUUACGAUUGCCAUUUUCAACUAACGAAGGAGAAUCAGGAAGUCCAUUGCGUCGUGGUGGUUCUUUAAAUUUGAAACGUCUAUCAUCAGAGCAAGAUGUUGAUAGGAAUCGGCUCCAUUUACCCGGUAGUACAAACCUCGGAGCAAUUAUAAAUAAUAAUGGGGUUAAUGAAGAAUCAUGUAGUAUACGUCCUGCCAGAUAUUCAGCACCUGCUUUGGUUGCACCUGCGCCGGAGCAGCUUGCUAUCAGUCUUCUCCAACUUGGAUGUCCUCUCGUUUCCAUGCCCAGACCUCGUGGUGGAGUUGGGUCAGAAAACACGAUACCGCAUAGCAGUGACAGCGAUGAUUCGAUCAGCUCCCAUAAUAACCAUCGUAAUCAACGGCAUCAGACGUCCGGAAAUACGUCUCCGGAGGGCUAUGGGCUUCCAAAAGUUCAAAUAUCUGGACCUGGAGAUAGUUGCGAAUCCUCGAGUUUCAAUGAGUCUGCUGGGUCUAUAGGCGCCCGUUCGGCACCGAGUACUCCUCUGCAGCCAAAUGUAGGAUCUGGACCACAGUCUCCAACAGAAAAACAACACGCGAUAAGUGGCUCGCAAUUGACUGUUGGAUCAGUGACUACUCAUUUACCUCCCAAAAGUCCAAGCCACGUUAGCUUGCAAAAAUGCAACGACAGUCAACUAUCAAAACCUCUGAGCAGAAGUACACCGUCAAUGACUGCUGGCGGUGGUUCACAGACACCAUCCACCAUCAGCAGAUCAUCUACAAGAUCAUCUCCCACGUCAACAAGUAGUGCGAGACAAAAAAAAUUUCAUCGUCACUUUACACAAGUUGGACCAGAUGAACGAGUGAUAAACUACUACAGUUGCGCACUAGUCGGUGAUAUUUUAUUACAAGGACAUCUAUACAUUACAUCAAAUUAUUUUGCUUUCCACAGUAACGUGUUUGGUUACGUUACAAAACUUCUGAUCCCCACUAGCUCGGUGCUCAAAAUAAGCAAGGAAAAGACUGCCCGUAUUAUUCCAAAUGCAAUAGCAAUUGUAACUGAAGAUGAGAGACAUGUUUUUUGCUCACUGUUAUCACGUGAUUCAACUUUUAAACUGAUGAAACAGGUUUGGGAUGCGGCACUCGAAGGUAGAGAGACAGUUGACGAUUUACCUUUGCCAGUUGAUGUUAAAUUAUUAACUCCGGACUCUUUGCUGGUUGAUGAUUCCGAGGUUAAUGUCGAAGAAGAUGAUUCUAGUAUGUCCGAGAGUGGUACUGAUUUAACAUCAAGACCACCAACUGUCUGUACUGAUACUGAUGGCAUGACUCCUAUUAUUCCGCGACCAAUUUUAACAUCACCGAGAUUGGAACUGACGACAAUGCCCAAAAAUGUAACGACAGCGAAAGUAGGAAUAAUAAGAUCUUUAUUAAAGUAUCAACUGAGAUCGCGCACUAUAAUAACAAUUUUAGUAGCACUUUUGGCAGCUCUCUAUGUCUCGGCAGCUUUCAUGAUGGUUAGAAUUGAUAGAUUACAUACAGCAUACCUCAAUCAUCCACUUGCCUCACCUGAAAGAUUUACUCACGAUCGAUUAUUAAAUUAUCUCAACACAAACCUCGAUCAAAUUAUUAAGGUACGACAAAGCUUGCAGACACUUUCUCAACAGUUUGUAACAAUAAAUCAAGACAGCGGUAGUCAUGAUACAGUGCAUGGAAGUGGAAAAAUUGAACCUGAAGAUGCGCCAAGUUAGCCUCGCAAGUGGAGACUUUAUAUAAUUAUAAAUCAACCAAAUAAUAAGAGUUCUCUUUACCUCGUUAGCGUAUGAAACGCCCCGAAAAAAAAUAUAAAUACGUGAUACAUUCUGUUCGUGUCAUCAUAAAAAUGUUGACAAAAUGACGUGUUAAUUAAAUUCGUUUUAAAUAAAUAACCGAGUUUGAAUCAAAAUAAAAAAAAAUUAAUAAUAACAAAUACAAGAAAAGACUACACGUCGUUUUGUAAGCUUCCUUUUUUAGCCGUCUGUUGUAUUUAGAAUAUAAUUCUAAUUUAUAGAUUUAAAAGGCUAAAAUAUAAAUAAAUAAAAAAAGAAAACGAUAUAAAAUAAAGAAAGAAACCUAGACAGCUAGACUUGUUAAGUCGCAAUUAGGUUGCUUGCAGUAAAAAAAAAAAAAUAAUACAAUGAGAGAUUUAAUUUUUCGAUUAAUUAAUUAACUGAUUUAUUGGUUUAUUAAUUAAUCGAAGUGUUUAUAAGAAAAGGGACACAAUAAUAUAAUAGAUAAAUAUUUAUAAUUAUUUUAAAAAUGACAUUUUGUUAAUUGGAGAGCUCAUUAUUAUUUUUUUUGUUUUUUUUUUUUUCCAACUAGUCAAGUGUACCUACAGGAUAUGAAACUCAAUAAAAUAAUGUUCCUUAUUGGGUAAUAAGACUAUUAACAGUGAGAAUGAAAAAAAAUUUUAUAGUUAUUUACUUUAUAUAAUUAAUUUUAAAAAUAGUGCAUUUGUUUUUAUUAGUUUUUCAUGGCUUUAGUAAUUACUAUGUUGUAAAUAGUUUUAUCAAGAUGUUCUAGCAUUUUUUUAAAUUUCUUUAACAAUGAAUUUAAAUGUAUAGAUUUUUUAAGGUGUGGUGCAUCCCUACAGAUAAUUUCUCUAUAUUAUAAAAUCUCGCAGUUUUUUCCUAGACGAUUUAACUCUACAGAUAAAUUUUUACAUCGCAACAACUCUACAGAAGAUUAUCUUCACAUCUUUCCAUCUCUACAUGAGAACAUCUCUCAUAUUAAAAGUCUCUACAGAGAUCAACUCUACAGCGAUAAUUUUUACAUGGCGCUAAGUUUGAACAGUAGAAUUUUUGUUUUGACAUUUUAUUAAUAUAUUUUAUUUGUGUCGGGAUGAGUCAUCACUUUUGUAAUAUUUAAAUAAUUUAAUUUCACUUUCAUUAAUUCUUUCUUUUAUAUAAUAAACCAACUUUAUUAAUAAAAUGUUAAAACAAAAAUUCUAUUGUUUGAACUUGGCGCCAUGUAAAAAUGAUCGCUCUAGAGGUGAUCUCUGUAGAGUUUAUCUCUGUAAAGAUUUUUAAUAUGAGAGAUAUUCUCAUGUAGAGACGGAAAGAUGUAAAAAUAAUCUUCUGUAGAGUUGUUGCGAUGUAAAAAUUUAUCUGUAGAGUUGAUUCGUGUAGGAAAAACUUUGUGAGAUUUUAUAAUGUAAAGAAAGUCUCUACAGAGAUGCACCACACCCGAUUUUUUUUUACAACUUAAAGUUAAUUUAUUCUGUGUAAAUUAUAAUUUCAACAAAAUCAAUCAUUAAUUAUUUAUUAAUCAAGUAUUCGAAUUGCUGAUUAAUAUAUUAUUUUGAAAUUUUUAAUCCUCAAUGCUCUUGUGAUAAUUUUUAAAACUUUUAUUAAAUAUUUUUUAUUAAAAAAAAAAAAAAAAAGAAAUGAAAAAAAAUUUUGUCAAGUUUUCAAUUACGCUAGAACAUUUUCGAAUUAAUUUACUAAAUUGUUAGGUUGUUAUAAUAAAUAUUAUUAUUUAUUAUUAGUUUAUGUAAAGCGAAGUUAAUUAGAUUUAUUUAAAAUGCCAUAAAGUGGGAAAAUAAAUAAAUUUAUUAAAUGGGACAAGUUUUAGUAAUAAAUAAUAAUAUACAUUUUAAUUUAUAUAUCGAGUCAAUGAUUCCGCGAGAUCAUAUUUUUAUACGCUAGUUUAGAGCUAAAAGGGUGUAAAUUUUUUUUUUUGCCAAUUAUAUUGCAGAUUUAUUCUAAAGCAAAAAAAUGGAAGAAACAAAUUUUUUAACUAUAAAAUAAGUCCGGCGACUCAAUUUCCAAAUAUAGUAACUAACAAAAAUAAAAUUUGAAUUGAAUCAUGUACAUAAGUGUCCACUGUAACUGAAAAUAUAAAAAAAUCCAUUUUAAAAAAUUUGGCCAGCCGAGCCUACAUAUAAAAUUCUAAAUAGACCUUUUUUUUUACUAUCAAAAUUAUAAAAAUUCAAAAAAAGUUCUAAUUUAUCUCAAAAGUUUAAAUAUUUAAUUUUUUUUGAAUUUUUUGCACACGAGCUUUAGACUCUAAAUUUAGAGUCAAUGCGUAUAAAAAUAUCUCUUGGAAUUUCUAACGCGAUAUAUCCGAAGUAAAUCAUCGGCAUAAAUGUGUAUCUUUUCUUUGUCUUUUAAAUGCAGAGAAAAAAUAAAUAACAAAGUUGGAUCAUAAUUCCCGACACAAAAAAAAAGUUACAAGUAUAAAUCAUUUAACGAAUUAGAAAUAAAAAAAUUAUUUGUAAACCCAUUGGAUUUGUAUAAAAAUCUGUAAAAAUAUUAUUGUGUCGGAUAAUAAUAAAAACUGCGAGGAUCUUGAUUGAUUAUCGCAGAGUACGUGGGGUAACUCCUUCCAUGCCGAUGUGGAGAAUAAAUUCUCUGUAUAAUGAUGAUAAUAAUUAUAAAUAAUGAAUAAUGGGAAAGAUGUUUUGACUGUGAUAAAUAAUAUGGUUGAGAAUAAAAGGAAAAACAAACGUUAAAUAAAACACUUAUUGUGAGUCGGUUUAAUCCUUCUGCAAAACGAAUGAAAGAAAACGAUAUAGAGAUAUUUAAAAAAAAAAAUAAUAAAUAAAUAAUAAUGUUAGUGAGGGAUUAUUACAUGAAAAGUGCUGUUAUAUUGAUUAGUUAUAAUAAGUAUAUAUAUCAUUGUAAUUAUACGUAGAUUUAAAGUGGAAAGUGUAAUUAAUUAAUGAAUAUCUUAUGCAUGA